AUGACCUAUAUGCCAAUGACUUCUUUAGACACAGAAGGCCAUCUUCAUAAAGAUGUCCUACAGGCUUCUCAUAUUCUACCCCAGAUUGAAUCACUAUACACAUGCUCAUGGCCAGAGCCAGGACAGUCCCUUCUUGCACUGGUCCUGCACAUUGCUGGUGGUCAUAUCCACAGCACAGCUGGCCACAUAGUCUCUGUGGCCUCUGGGAAGACACAGCCACACUGCGUCUGUGCAGGCUGGGGCUGUAGGCGGGCUAGAGGAUGGCCAAGCCCUCAGGUGGCGUCGGUGGUGGACAGCUUCAGGAAGCGCACCCGCCCUGCUCUGAGCCGCUCUCUGCAGCUCCAAGAUGUGGUUCACGUAGUUCCCGCCCACAGACGUAGUAUUCUUCCCCAACUCCUGGAAGCCGGACAGCUGUCUAUAGACUACCAGGUCUCUCGCCGGUUGCCACUGAAAUCUAGCGGAUUUUGCCAGACCGGGUCACGUGACGCCUACGCCUACGGCUCCCCGGAGAGGACGAAUUACCUUGGGACUUCUCGCGUGGCAUUCCGCGGGUGCCCUUCAUUGGCUGAAUUCAGUAAGAAGCCAGAGGGCAGGGAGCCUGUUAAUGCAACCCAUCCCUUGAUAGAAUCCAGCCAGUCUCCUGGGCCAUGGAGCAGGUGGAGAAUGGAUCUGAAAGGGCAGUGGAAUAUACCUGCCGACUCAGCUUCCUGGAGGUGCAGAGAAAAUUCUGUGUGUGUGUGUGUGUGUGUGAGAGAGAGAGAGAGAGGAGUAGAGGAAUGCUCACAGAAAUUAUUGAUUGUAAAGAAAUGUUACUGAUGGAACAGUUGUUUUACAUGUAAGUUAUACGUAGUAAGAAAGAAAAGUCUGAGGCCAUUAAAAAGGAUUGUAUAGCUGUGUGGGGACUAUAGCUUGUCCUUUGUAGUUCUUUUUCUCAUCACCAGUCCUGCUAGCUAGCACAGAAGAAAUAUUCAGUAUUUAUUAAUGUC